AUGGCAGGGAACCUGAAGAAAGGUGGGGGGAUCAUCGGAAUGAUGAAGGAUGCCUUCCAGCCACACCAUCACCACCUUCACUCCCAUCACCAGCCGGGGGCCGUGGACAAGAAGACCGUGGAGAAAUGCUGGAAACUAAUGGACAAGGUGGUGCGGCUUUGCCAAAACCCCAAACUGGCUCUGAAGAACAGCCCCCCAUACAUCCUCGACCUGCUGCCAGACACGUACCAGCACCUGCGUACCAUCCUUUCUCGCUACGAGGGCAAAAUGGAGACUUUGGGAGACAACGAAUACUUCCGGGUCUUCAUGGAGAACCUGACCAAGAAGACAAAGCAGACCAUCAGCUUGUUUAAGGAGGGGAAGGAGCGCAUGUAUGAUGAGAAUUCACAACCCAGGCGGAACCUGACGAAGCUGUCAUUGAUCUUCAGUCACAUGCUGGCGGAGCUGAAAGCCAUCUUCCCUAAUGGACUGUUUCAGGGUGACAACUUCCGCAUAACCAAAGCUGAUGCUGCAGAGUUUUGGAGACGCGCCUUUGGGGACAAAACCAUUGUGCCUUGGAAGGUGUUCCGGCAGUCUCUCCAUGAGUUUCAUAACAUCAGCUCCGGCUUGGAGGCCAUGGCCCUCAAAUCCACCAUAGAUCUUACCUGCAACGACUAUAUCUCAGUGUUUGAGUUUGACAUCUUCACCAGGUUAUUCCAGCCUUGGUCAUCCCUGCUGCGAAACUGGAACAGCUUGGCAGUUACUCACCCAGGGUACAUGGCAUUCCUCACAUAUGAUGAGGUCAAAGCUCGGCUGCACAAAUUCAUCCACAAGCCUGGCAGUUAUAUCUUCCGACUGAGCUGCACUCGACUUGGCCAGUGGGCUAUUGGCUACGUGACAGCCGACGGGAAUAUUCUCCAAACCAUUCCUCAUAAUAAACCCCUCUUCCAAGCCCUCAUAGAUGGUUUCAGGGAAGGCUUCUAUUUAUUCCCCGAUGGUCGAACCCAAAACCCGGAUCUGACAGGCCUCUGUGAGCCUUCACCUCAAGACCACAUUAAAGUCACACAGGAGCAAUAUGAGCUGUACUGUGAGAUGGGCUCCACUUUCCAGCUCUGCAAAAUCUGUGCGGAGAAUGACAAAGAUGUGAAGAUUGAGCCCUGUGGUCAUCUCAUGUGCACCUCCUGUCUCACUGCCUGGCAGGAGUCGGAGGGUCAGGGAACAGGAUGCCCCUUCUGUCGCUGUGAGAUUAAAGGUACCGAGCCCAUUGUUGUAGAUCCCUUUGACCCCAAGGACAACAGCGGGGGCUCAAGUCGGGGCACCAUGGGGGCAGAGGGAGCUCCAUCGCCAAGCUAUGACGACGACGAUGAUGACAGACUUGAAGACCCCCACCUGGUAAUGAGCAAACUUGCUUGCACAAAGGUGGAGCGCCCACCAUCACCCAUGUCCAUGCCUCCUCAGGCAUCUCUUCCCCCAGUGCCUCCCAGACUUGACUUGCUACCACACAGACCUCCAAACCCUCCUGGGGCAUCCAGUCCAGGGGCCACCAGUAAGGCAGCAUCACAUCACAAAGACAAGCCUCUUCCACUUCCUCCUGCCCUGCGGGACCUCCCCCCUCCUCCUCCUCCAGACAGGCCCCAUGCAGUUGGGGGAGCACCCGAAGGUCGGCAUCCGAGACGGCCCCUACCCUGCACUCCAGGGGACCCCCCUCGAGAGAAGCUCCCUCCCACACCCCCGAACCGUCCAAUGACGGACUGGAACUCCAGGCCUGUUCCCAAAGCCCCCGCCGCCCAAUCUUCAUCAUCCUCACCUUCCUCCUCAUCCACCCAUGCGGCCAUCUUGGGAGUGGACCUCCGUGCGGGUGUCAGGGAGCUCUCCAAUAGACACUCUCUCCCUCUGGCUCUGCCCUCUGCUCUAGACAACCGCUCAGACUCUCAGAAGAACAACAGCUCCCUCAGCCUGGACCACCAGCUGAGUUUUGCAAUGGCUUCUCAAGAUUAUGACAACCCCAAAGUGAAAGCAUCUUCCUCAGCCAAUGCCAUCUAUUCUCUGGCGAACCGACCAUCUACAGCCUUGAGGCAGGUGACUGGAGAGGAGAACUGUGACAGUGAGGAAGACUCGGAGUAUAUGAUUCCUUCAUCUCGUCCCAUCGCGGUACCACCUAUACCGGAUACCUUACCGGUCCAAAGGCCCCCACAGCCUCAACCCAUGGCAGCUCUCCAGGCCCAUACUCAAGCCCCCACACUCAACUCACGGCUCACGGUUGGUGCAGAGGAUGGGCCAAUGUUGGCUGAAGCCAUGUACAACAUCCAGGCGAGGUUGCAACCAGCCAUAGAUUCAGAUUACUCAGAGUUGCCUCCUCUACUGGUCACCAACGGCCCCAGAGAUCAUGCAGCAGAGGACCGAGAUGAAGACGAUAACGGCUAUGACUUCCCAAAGCCACGGCUACCGCAGCCUCCUGCUCGGCGGACCCUUUCAGAAAUAGGGGGGUCCUUGUCAUCAUCUUCAUCCUCCUCAUCAUCAUGCUCAUCUUCUGUGGCCGCCUUCAGUCGCCUCUCUCUAGAUUCUGAUAUUGGAGCUGCAGCAUCUGUUUUAGAGCCAGUGGAAGCACCAGAGAGACCUCCAAAACCCCUGCCCAGGCGGAUCAACUCGGAGCGCCGCCACAGCCCCGUCCCACCUGUCCCCGUUCCACCCAGCAGCGUAGCAGCAGGCGUGGAGGCCAACCCAAUGAUCAGCAGCGAGAUUGAGCACCUCAUGAGUCAGGGAUACUCCUAUCAGGACAUCCAGAAAGCUCUGAUGAUUGCACAAAACAAUAUAGAAAUGGCCAAGAACAUCCUGCGCGAAUUUGUCUCUGUUCCCUCCACUGCACACAUUCUCACAUAGCAGAUUGUUGGGUCCAUGUUUUAAGGUUUGCUCUCUUUGCCAUAGCUUGGCCCAGCCCUGGUUUGGUUUAGGUCGGCACAGAUCAACCUGAAAAAGCCCACUGCCUCCAGGACUACGUAAAGUGCUGGCUGACACCCUUCGCUCCACCCCCCCUCCUCUACCAAAAACCCCUCCUGUGGUUUCAGAGCCACUUGUUGCCCAGUAAGCUUUCAGUAUCUGCAGGAAUCUGCGCCCUGCACUCCACGCGCUUUCAAAAGUGUUGCGCCUUUUUUACUUUACGGUUUCUGGAGCCGCUCUUCAGAACCGGCUGAACGCAGCGACCCCAGACAUAGGAAUCUGCCGAAGACGAACUCAUCUUUAAUGUUGAAGCCUCUCGCUGAAAAUAUAAUCAACACCUCACAAGUAAAACUAAAAAAAGUGUAUGACUAUAUGAGAAUUUAAUAUAUAAGUAUAUAUUAAAUGUGUGUAAUAUAUACAGUACGUGCAUAAAUAAUAUGUGAAACUGGUUUUGCUUGGAGGGUUGCUGUUGGUACCACUGUGGGGGGGGUUUGAUUACAAGGAAGAGGAAGGAUGAAACGGGCGUCUUCCUCACCAGGAUGUGUUAAUCAGCAGCAGCACCUUGAAAAAUGCGCAAUAGAGCUUUUCAUCUUGACUUAAGUCUGAUACGGCCUUUAAUUAACGUUACUUUGGUACCUUUUUUUUUUUCUUCUUAAACAUUUGUUGGCUUUCUUUGAAGCAUGAUGAUGGUUUCAGGUCUGGACAUGUUGCUGGCUACUUGUGCUUUUUGUGGACGUGAGCGUGCGUGUGUGUGUGUGUGGGUUUAUGUUUGCCAGACUUUUUGCUCCAUUCGUCCUGCUCUUAGAUAAAGACCCUGGUCCCUCCCUCUCCUGUUCGUCUCUACAUGAAUGUGUACCGCAGUCCGCGUAACGUGACUCGCGCUCAGUAAAUGUACUACUGCUCUAGUUGAAAAGGCAGGGCCUGCAUCUGUAGAGAAACUCGGCGGAUGCGUCCUGCAGCGGCCAGACAGGCUGGUUGUUGUGUGAUCUGUGGCGGCUCACGUUUUCUUUCUGUGGGCUGAACUCGCUGGCUGGUCUGAGUUUCUGUCUCCAGCUGAGUCCAGUGUUACAAAAAAAAAAAAGGAUUUACUUUGGUAAUAUAUUAUUGUUAUAUGAUCAUAAAUAUUGUUGUUAAAGUUAAUUCAGAAGUGUUUCACUGCUGCUAUUAUUGUUAGUGCUAAACAAUUAAAGCCUUAAAUGUACAUUUGUGAAUACUGUGUUUUAACCGUCAUCCUGUUUCUUUAAAGUGACAGUAUCUUCUGUCUUUCCAGUUCAUAAUGUAGCAUACUUGAAAAGUACAUGCAGCUCGUGAGCCUCUCAAGCUGCCGAGUCGGCCUGGUAGUGUUUAUAACUUUUAUUUUGCUAUUUCUAGACUAUAUACAGGGUUUCUAUGCAGUCUGAAAAAGUUUGAAAUAUGAUUUUUAUGCCUCAAAGGUUGGGAAUGUACAAAAAUCUGAGUUUCCACAUAAUGUUUGUAUUUUCAUUCUCUUAAAGAUAAAAACCUCAAAAUUAAGAACAUUACAUUUAGCAUAUUAAGAAGUCUUGUAGAAAAUGAAGGGUAAUUUCACAGCCUUUUUGGGGAAAGAGCUGCAUGGUUUUAGGAAUUCAAACUAUUGUAAAACUAUAUUUAUUGAGAUUAUUCACAUUUUUCUUACUUUCCUGUAAUCAUAAGCCCUGAAUUAUCCCAAAGCUUUGGUGCCUGGUUCACUAAGAUCUGGGUGAAGUGUUUGCAUGAAUGGCAGCAAAUUCCCAUCCUAUAGAUCAAGAACUAUAUAACUUGCAACAGAGAGUGACUGUCGAAAUACUAACCAUUCCGACACUAAGUUUCAGUGAUGACUUUACAAGUUUUACAGCCAGGUAAAGAAACCCCUGACAUUGCACAAGGAUGAUUUGACAAAAUAGGUCUUUUGGAGUUUAAAAUAGACAUGAAAAAAGAAUUUAUAGAAGCUAAAUGACUAUAAAUAUGACAACCGUUGGUAUGAAGCUGAGGCAACAUUCAGCUGCACAAUGGUCAUCUGUAUUUUCCCAGGUUGGAGCAAUUUACAAAUAUCUUGGUUUUCUCCUUAGGAGAAGAAAAAAAGAAGCAGGCAGCUGAAUGCUAUUGAAUAGCAACAGGUGGGGGAGGGUUAAUGUUCCAUUACUCACAAAAAAUACAUUGAUAUAUUUAUUUUUUUAAUAUACAAUUUAAAAAAUUGUCAAUUUAUAUCAAACUGCAGUUGGUCUAUAUUUAAUGUAGUGUUAUUCAUCUUUAUCAGGGUUUAAUGAUGCAGACAUUGAAGAAAAGUUGAAUUAAAGUUGACCAGAAGCCAGAAAAGCUGUGUAAUUGCCCUUCAUCAACAAUUUAAGGUUCGUUUUUUGUUUUUGUUUUUUCUUAGUUUGCAUAAUUUAGAGAUAACAGUUUAAACUUCGUUGUCCAAAUUUGAAUUUUAUUUUAUUUUGUAAACAAACAAAAAAGUACUAAUUUGACCUCAUAGAAAUAGGAACCCUGUAUAUAUUGGCAGCAAUAAAGCAAACUAAAUGCUUUAGUGGGUUUUUGUUAAAGGCUCAUACUUUCUCUUCUCUGCAGUUCUAGUGUCUCCCUGCUCUGAAGGGGAGCGAGCAGCGAGACUUUUUGUAGCGUAGGCUCAUGGGUACGCUGGCCCAACCCCACGGUCUACGGUAAAAAUCAGUAUUUGGGCCGACUGUAAGAACUAACUCAGGAAUACAUGCUGUCAAAAAGCAGAGGAGACUCUGCACAGACAGCAGCUCACCUGUGUACAGCCAAAAGUAACUGCUUCUUAAUCACACUUUAAGUUGCACAUUUGUUUUUUUAUAUUGUUUUUUCUCGGUGUUUGCAGAAGCAGCUUUCACCUCUAGGUACUCUGAAUUUAUAGGGUAUAUAUUCACACAAGCAGCUUUUAGGUACAUUAAGUAAAGGCUGUCCCAGUAUAUGAAGAAUGUCUUUGUGUUUUGUUUUUGUUUGUUUUUUUCAAUCAGGAGCCACUUUGUCUUCUCUUCAGGCUAAUGUGUGUGUUGACUGGAAGCUCACUCUGUGCUGUCUAGCUCCUUUUUAUGUUUAUUUCCUAGUUGCCUUGAGAAACUUCUUGAAUGACGGGUGGUGACGGAUUAGGGAAGUCCGCAAUCCUCAAUACUGUACCGACGUUUCAAGGCUGCAUCUCAUUCUCAUGUAUUAUUAUUCAUCUUUAUUUUUGCACGGCAUACCGAUUUGUGCUUUGAUACUGUCACUCUAAAGAAAGCCAAAUUGUAUAAAGUAAAGAAAAAAGAAAUAGAUUUUUUUCUAUACUGUACAUUUAAUUUUGUCCCAAAGGUUUUGUUUACUUGAUUUCCAUGACUUGUGCCAUGUUAUAGAGAUCAUCACCGAGAUCCUUACUUUGUUUUUUUUAAAAGGCCUUGAUAUUCUAGGAGUGUCUGUAGAUGUCGAUCUGUACCUGUUGGUCUCUGAAGGCAACAUAGUGCAGUAAUGCUUGCAUCGAUUUGUCCUCUGCCUCUUCAGCCGCAUCUAACCUCAUCCUCAAAUGUUUCAGUGACCCUUUUCCAGAUCAGUGCUCAGUCCUGAGAAAUUUCAAUUUUCAACCAGGAGAGGGGGCUGUGGGUUUACUUUAGUCUUUCCCCCUACAUCAAAUAAAGGCAUUCAUUUUUUUUAUGGUUUUUAAAGCUCAUAUCAAAUUGAAAGUAUGCACAUUGCUGUUAAUAAAAGAAUAAGCAAACGCUGUAUGUGUCUUUUUUUUUACA